AUGGUUGGCAUCGGUCUCAACUGGUGGCAGGCCAUUGUUGUCAUCUUCGUUUCCCAGGUCAUCUCGUCCAUCGCAAUGGCCUUCAACUCCCGCGCAGCGACAAUGUACCAUAUCGGAUACCCCGCAGUAGCCCGCGCUGUCUUUGGCAUGUAUGGUAGCUAUUACUUUGUCGCUGCCAGAGCUGCUCUGGCAAUCAUUUGGUUUGGAGUCCAACUAUAUACUGGUUCGUCCUACCUGUCCAAUAUGAUGCGCGCCAUCUUUGGAAGCCAUUUCGAAAAUAUCCCCAAUCAUAUCCCCGAGUCCAUGGGUAUUACGACCAAGGGGAUGCUAUGCUUUUUCCUUUUCUGGCUCAUCCAUUUCUUCUUCUGUUUCUUCCGCCCGUAUCAGCUGAAGAAGUUUUUCUGGUUCAAGGGAUUUGUCAUGGUUCCGGGCAUCGUGGGUGUCUUUAUUUACUGCAUGAUCGCGUGCCAUGGUAAUGUUAGUGGAGCACUCCCCACUUCGACAAGUGGAUCUCUUGGGUGGUUCAUCAUGCAUGCAAUCAACAGUGGAAUGGGAAAUACUGCGACGCUCAUCACAAAUCAACCCGACAUUGCCCGUUGGAGCACCAGCAAGAAUGCAGCCAUUACAUCUCAGCUGUUCGUUCAACCCAUCGCCGUGACGCUCUCCGCUACCUUUGGUAUUCUAGCCACUGCCGGUAUUAACAGACAAUGGGGCUUGGAACUAUGGAAUCCCUGGGACUUGCUCGAUGAGAUCCAGACGCGGAACAAUCACCCGGGCGCGCGAUUCGCAAUCUUCCUUGCGGCCUUUUGCUGGAUGAUCGGCGUCCUCGGAACGAACAUCGCCUGCAACAUGAUCCCAUUCGGAUCCGACUCGGCUCUUCUUGUUCCACGUUUUAUCGACAUGCGCCGUGGGUUUUUCAUCGUCGAAUUUCUCGCGUACGCAAUUGUUCCCUGGAAGAUCAUGGCGUCUGCGGCAACCUUCACAACAUUCUUGUCUGGAUACGGUCUUUUCAUGGCUAGCGUUGUAGCCAUUAUGAUUGCAGAGUGUGAGUUACAGACAUCGCCCCAAGCACUCAAACAUAUAUUGAUUUGCCCAUUAUACUGA